AUGCGAUCCAACAACAUGGUACCCAACAUGUUCCUGUGUAGCAUCUUGAUCGACGGGCUGUGCAAGGCCAAGCGAUCGAUUGACGUGCUGCGGUGCUUCCGCACGAUGCAAGGCGCCGGGAUCGUGGCGGACACGGUGAUCUACACUGUGCUACUCUCGGGGCUGUGGAAGGAGAAACGGCUGGAUCAAGCGCUGGCGAUCUUACACGAGAUGCGCGACCAUGGAUGCGAGCCAAACGUGGUGACUUACAACUCGCUCAUUGAUGGGCUGUGCAAGAACAACGAGCCCGAUCGCGCGCAGGAGCUCUUCGAGCACAUGAAGAGCGUGGAGUGCUCGCCAUUGGUGACUUACAACACGCUGCUAGAUGGGCUCUUCUGGACUGGCAAGCUCGAGAGCGCCAUGGCGGUGGAGCUCCUGGAAUCCAUGAAAGCUCGCGGCUGCUCGCCGGACGUGAUCACCUCAACGAUCCUGGUGGAUGGGCUUUGCAAGGAGAGCAAGGUGGCGGCGGCCUGGGAAGUUCUUUGUGAGAUGCUCGACGCUGGAUGCGUCCCCAACCUGGUGACUUCCAAGUCGCUGCUGCAUGGGCUGUGCCGCGCAAGGCGAGUGAGCGAUGCGCUGGCGCUCAUGCGCGACAUGACGUGCCGCGGCUGCACGCCCAACGUCGUGACAUACGGUACGCUCAUCGACGGGCUGUGCAAGGUGGGGCGAGUCAAGGACGUGUGCGCGAUGCUGGCUGACAUGAUCGACAAGGGCAGUACGUCGGUACAACAUGCUCAUCAACAGGCUUGCGAGGCGGACCAGGUGGACGAGAGCAUCGCACGGUAUCCGGCUGUAUCAAGCCUGACGUGUCACAUACAGCAGCGUCCUCUACGGGCUGGGCCGCUCCAACCGGCUGGACGAGGCGUGCCGCCUGCUGCUCUACAUCAAGUCGCGUGGCUGCCCUACAGCACGCUCAUCGACGGGCUUUGCAAGGCCGGCAAUCUCUACGAGGUGAUGACCGGCGAUGGCUGUGAUGCCGACGUCGUGACAUACAGCACGCUCAUCGACGGGCUGUGCAAAGGUGGGAGAGUGGACGAGGCGCAUUUGCUACUGGCCAGGAUGGUCCGGAUGGGAACGCCGUCAUCGACCUUGACUUACAACUUACAGCAGUGCCAUGGGAGCGAAGAUUAUGGUUGCAAUGUAUUUUUGCACAUUGAUAUACUUGCCAGGGACUUGUUUGCAUUCUAA